UAAACAGAAUCCCACGUGCUGCCAUGGACAGUGUGAAGAUGGAAUCUGUCCAGAUUAAAGAGGAGUUCCCUGAACUUGAACUGGUCCCCAUUAGAGUGGAGUUCUCUGGGCUGGCUUCCCUCCCCAUUAAACAGGAGCUCUGUGAGAUGCAAUGUGACAGCAGCCAGCCAGAGGUCUCUGAGAUUAAAGCUGAGCACAAUGAAUUGGAGAUCCCCCAGACAGAAGAACCCCUUCCUGUGAAACAAGAAGAGGUGCUGGAAACUGUCCGUAUUAAACAGGAGCCCCCUGAAGUAGAGUUUGAGCACAUGGAACCAGUGAAGGAAGAAUCCGAGGACUUCAAACCAAACAUCCCUGAGCUGGAGCCUGUACGCCUGCGGGAGUGUAGCGUGGUGCUGGAGAGAAUCUGCGUGAGAGAGCAAGGCGCUGGAGAGGAAGGCUCUCCCAACAGCACGCAAGGAGGUGGAAAGGAAGACGGGCGCUCCCAUUCAGAAUGCAGUCUAGCAGGUUCCAGUCCAGCAGCUAAAGCGAGGGCGGGCGCUGGAGAAUAUCCUGACUGUGGGAAAGGUUUCACCCAGUUAGGAAACCUGAAAGCACACCAGCGAAUUCACACAGGAAAGAAACGGUAUUGCUGCUUUGACUGUGGGAAGAGUUUCAGUCAGUCAGGAGACAUGAAAACACACCAACGAAUUCACACAGGAAAGAAACUGUAUCACUGCUUUGACUGUGGGAAGAGUUUCAGUCAGUCAGGAAACCUGAAAAGACACCAGCAAAUUCACACAGGAGAGAAACCGCAUCACUGCUUUGACUGUGGGAAGAGUUUCAGUCAGUCAGGAGACAUGAAAACACACCAACGAAUUCAUACAGGAGAGAAACCGUAUCGCUGCUCUGACUGUGGGAAGAGUUUCAAUCAGUCAGGAGCUCUGAAAAGACAUCAACAAAUUCACACAGGAGAGAAACCGUAUUGCUGCUCUGACUGUGGGAAAAGUUUCAGUCACUCAGGAGCUCUGAAAAGACACCAGCGAAUUCACACAGGAGAGAAACCGUAUUGCUGCUCUAACUGUGGGAAGAGUUUCAGGCACUCAGGAGCUCUGAAAAGACACCAUCGAAUUCAUACAGGAGAGAAACUGUAUUCCUGCUCUGACUGGAAAGAGCUUCAAUCAGUCAGGGACUCUGAAAACACACCAGCGAAUUCACACUAG